AUGACGAUCAUGGAUAACGGACUUCUAAUAGAUCAGAUAAGGUCAAAAAUCGAGAACAGGAGGGUCCGAGAAGCCUAUCAGGCCCUGCGAAACACAGUUGGAAGUGAGAGUAGUUACUGGGCUGUAAAAGCGCAUAUUAUCACAGCACAAGCCUCUAAACAAAUUCCGUUGAAGUUGGUUAGGGUUGGUUUACAUUAUUCAGUAUAUGUGAUUACUUGUUUAGGGGUUGGAAUUAGAAAUGGCAUUGAAGUACAAGUCGGCUAAAGAUGUAAUUUCACUAGCUGAUUAUUUUUAUAAGAACCACGGCCAAGAUGAGGACUUCAGAAAGAUUUGUUCUCAGAAGAUAAACGAGGCCAUCGAGGCGUGGAAGGGAUCCGACUUCGCUGAGAAACUGCAUAACUCGUUGAAUCCGCAAAUAUUUCUGGAUCCUCUCUCAGCAUCCCGAGAUUCGCCUCUUUUACGGAUGAAGAAGUUGUUGCUUUUGGCUGUAAAUCCGUCGAUGGGCCUCAAAAAAGUCGGGGUAUGUAUUACAAUGCUAAUUUUAAAGAGUUUGUCUUUUUAGAGACAAAUAAUGGAACAAUAUAAAAGCGAAAGAUCCAGUCGACCAACAUGGUCCCCGUUAAAUCUUUCUCCGGUGGACUUGAUUUGGUGUAAGGCUAAGACGUUGAGAAAUUUAUUUAUGUUUCUGUUUUAGUUUACUUACAACACCAUAUUGUGGAUCAAAGAAUGGGAGAGUUGACUUCAAAAGAUGGCGCUUUCAUUGUUAAGAUCAUGAUGGACUGUUGCAUCGCUGAUUCGCUGGGUUUACUGAGAGAUUCUUUCUUUGAUGUUUUAAGUGAACUUGGACUGACUGUUGCCAGACCACGAGAUUUUUGGAGUGCACCAUUGCGAAUUAUAACAAUACUCAUUUCCCAAGAACAACCUAAUCCGUCGGAGGUUACCAAGUUUAUUGAGAAGAACAUUGAAUCGUGCAGUUAUCUUCAGAUAAGCGAAAAUUUGGUGCAUCAUAUGGACACGAAGUUAGAUGCUGAGAUAUGCAAGUUCUUGUUAAGCUACGCGAUCACCAUGAGCAAUGUCUGUGAAGGUGAGACAGUAAUUUUUUCGUUCCAAAACUUUUUAGGAGGCAAUCUUCUGGUGGUUUUGCCUGGUAAUGUGAGAGAUAUGUCUCAGCGAGGAAUGGAAACGUAUUGGAAGUCAGUGGUUGGCUCGAGGUCUUAUGAACCGAUAAUGACAAAGUCUGCUUUGGGACAUAUACACAGGCAAUAUGAUGAUGCGAUGGCUGUUGUCCGGAAUGUGUUCAAGGCUUGCCAACGACAUAAUAGUCUUCCCGACGCUCAGGUAAUGAUUAUUUGCAGUUUGUAGUUCAGACUUGCAGGUUGAGCCGACAUUGAGGUCAGUCUUGUCGAACCCAGGACUCAAGAAUGGGUUUUCUGUAAUCGCACAAUCAUUGCUGACUAAUGGAGAUAUGGAAACCGCCUCUCAAUUUAUAAAAUUAGCCAUUCAAACCACCAAGGACCAAGAUGAACAGAAAAGACUGGAUAUUCAGUUGUUACAGGUAAGCAUCUAAUUUUUUAUUUUUAUUUUUAGGUAUACGUUUCUUUGAAAAGAUACACAAGUGCUUUUAAAUUGUUUGUGGAUUUGUUUGAGGACGAGGCUGAGGUCACGAAGGUUCUGGAGGGUUCAUCUUCGAUAUUCCCUGAUGUCUUUUUGGAGGUAAGAGCAGAAAUUGAUUUUUUUCAUGAUUUAGGAGAACCACUUGAUUCUGUUGCCCCAGGACCUAAUGUACACGUACAUUGUGAUUAUGUUCAUGCAUACAGUAUUCCUCGUUUUAGUAAAACACGCUACAUUAGAUAAAAUCAAGCAUAUUGCGGCAUCCCUCAUCCUUUUAUCGCUUCAGAUUUGUUACGAAAUCUUUGAUGAUAAGGUAAGUUGAAGUGUAAUCAUAAAAUGUUGUUCAGAAGAUACGAUCUUUCCUUCGACUAUGUGAAUAUUUGGAAAUCUGCUUUAUCAAUAUUGCCUCAUUGAUCUCCAAACAGCAUCUGAUGGUCCAUUUAAUCUCUUCGAAGGUUACAUGCCUUCAAGGAAAGGAUGUUUGUGCAACCGUGCAAGCUAAGAGGAAGAUGAUAAGCAAUAUAAGACUUGAUGGGAACCAUAUAAACAAGCUGACCCCUUACAGAAAUGUGAUUGUCUUCCUCAAGGAAUUCAGAUCAGUCUUCGCAGAUCUCUAA